GUGGGAGAUUUUUAAAGUGUGAGCGAGAGAGUUGAGUGUAAGUGAUGAGGCCAAGAGGAGGGGAAGGAAACGCAGAUUUGCUUCUACGACUACAAGUGGAAGGUUUUUGGAUAUAAAUACAGAACAUGUAGCAACUGUAUCUUCUCUCUCUCUCUCUCCCUUGUAACAAGCGAUAAAUAGCAAGUGUCAACUGAUUAAAGUUUCAAACAGAAUAGUAACAUCAAAUUUAGAAGGGCCUGAAUAGAUCAUAGGUGAUGCUAACCACAACACAUCCCUGAUAAAAUUUAAGACAAAGGUGCAUCAUUGAGACUUUUGAAGUAUCCAACAUAUGAUCAAAUCAAGUUAUCCAAAUGAAGUCAAGAAUUGGAUAGGCAGACCAGUUACCAGUAUUUCACCCUUCUGAUGUCAGCCGGGAGAAAAGGGAAUUUUGCCAUGUAUUGAAAUCAUCAUGUUUUCUGGCAAAUAUUGUUGUUUUAUUUUUCGCCAAAGGCGAAAACAUGAGAAGGUCUUAUCUGUGUGCCUUUUUAUCUCCAUUAUCCUAUUGGUUUCAAAACUAAUCACACAGGAAGUCUAUAGCACCCAAAAAAGACAGAUUUCAGGUGAGACUCAGAGCUGUAUUCAUCCCCAGCUUGAUCCAAAUCUUCCUGAAAUUAUAAAGUUUUUCAAGAAACUUCCUGAAAUAAAAUGCAAUGAGGAAGAAGAUUGGAUAUUUGUUAAAGAAGGUGUCCUUCUAAAGUCACCAAAAAUAAAUUCGAAAUAUGGUAACUUUGAGUGUGAUUAUAUUCCAAUAAUACGUGGUGCUGAUGAUUUUUCAAUUAGUGAUGGACCUGUAAUUAAAAAUAUACAGAAUGGCACUUUAAUAAAUUCAGAUUUCUUUCGCAUAUCAUGUAAAAGUAAAAAGGGUGUUCAUUAUGACAAUGUUCACUGCGCAAUAGCCAAACAGGAACAGACCUUGAAGAGAUCAGAAAAAAUUCAGGCUCCCAAAAAUAUGCCUAAAUUAAGUGUGAUAAUGUUUGGAAUUGAUUCUGUCUCUCACAUGACAUGGUUACGCAUGUUACCAAAGUCACAUAAGUAUUUUACUAAACUUGGUGGACUUGUCCUGAAUGGAUAUAACAUUGUUGGUGAUGGCACCCCUCAAGCACUUCUUCCUAUUUUGACGGGGCAAACUGAAUGGGAGUUACCUGAAGCUCGUAGGGGUCAUAAAAACGCAAGUGUUGUUGAUGGCCACCCAUGGAUUUGGAAAAAUUUCAGAGAUGCUGGUUAUGUCACACAGUACGGAGAAGAUAGCCCCAACAUAGGAACUUUUACAUACCGUAUGUUGGGAUUUAAAAAGCAGCCUGUUGAUCAUUAUAUGCGAACAUAUCACAUGGAGGCUGAAAAGCACUAUUCUAAAAACAAAGCUUACUGUUUAGGUUCUGAAAAACGUGAUAAUAUUUUUUUAAACUGGAUUAGACAUUUUGUUGAGAUGUAUAACACCAAACCAAAAUUUUCCUUUUUGUUUUACUCAGAGUGUAGCCAUGGAGAUAACAAUCUGAUUCAACAUGUUGACAAUGAUCUAUUUGCUUUCCUGACUUACAUGAAAACAUCGGGUCAUCUGGAUCAUACUAUUUUAAUCUUGAUGGCUGAUCAUGGAGCUAGGUUUCAAAAUGUUAGGGAAACAGUUCAGGGAAAACUUGAAGAACGCAUGCCCUAUUUUAGUUUUCUUUUUCCACAAUGGUUUGCAACCAAAUAUCCUGAUGCCUAUAAAAAUUUUGAAACAAACACACAUCGACUUACUACACCAUUUGAUAUUCAUGAAACAUUCAUGCAUCUCUUUAACUUCACUGAUUUUAAACCUGGUUCUACAGCAUCUCGAGGAAUAAGUCUUUUUAAAGAAAUUCCAAAGAAACGUUCUUGUCAGGAUGCUGACAUUGAACCACAUUGGUGUGCCUGUCUCCACUGGGAUCCUGUUUCCCUUGAUGAUGAGAGAAUUAAAAAAUCUGCAAUGGAAGCUGUACGGUUUAUAAAUUCAUUAACAAGUAAGUUUCGUUCAGAAUGCAGAGAAUUAAAACUUUUUGACAUUAAGCAGGCUUUCAGAUUUCGUGCCACUGAACAAUUGCUCAAAUUCAAACGAAGUAGUGACAAUGAUGGACGAUUUGCUGACCUUUCUGACAAAAUGGUUGAAAAGGAAUACCUUAUACAAGUAACAUUUCAUGUAACACCUGGUAAUGGUUUGUUUGAAGUCACCUUAAAACAUAACGUAGCCUUGGAUACGUAUAUAGUGAAAAGCGGGGAAAUAAGUCGAAUAAAUAAAUACGGCUCUGCACCCAACUGUAUCGCCAGCCGUUAUCCAAAUCUUCGUCAAUAUUGCUACUGUGUUAAACAAACAAAUUAACAUUUGGUGAUUAACACUAUGUAUUACCAAUUCCAUGAUUAUAAUGGUAGCUGUUAUAUUAUUUCUUGUAUUUGUUGCUGUUUAAAUUGCAAAUUACAUUUGAUUUCAUUUUUGUUUAAGAAACCUUCAAAACCUGAUUUAUCAUAUACAAAACUGGCGCUAGCAUGCUUUCAUUGGUCACCUAACGGUUUCAACUGUUCACCUAAUCAAUUCUGCUUCAGCUUUAUGUUCACCCACAUGUAGAAGAUAAAUUUCUAAAAUAAUAUUAAGGUAACAAAUGUUAAAGAUCAAGGUAUUUAUCUAACAAGUCCCUCCUACCUCCACUAGAAAAAAAACUGUUUUUCAUCAUGUGAAAUCAUACUUUGGCAACUUAGUCCCAAACAUUAAAAAAAAAUGGGAUUCUUCAUCAAAUUUUCUGAAUCCUCAAAACUUGGCAUGACAGCCCUCUAUAAAAUCAUAUCUUGAUCCAUUCAUAGACCCAAAAAUAUCGUUUAAAACAUUUAAAUUAUUUAUUAUCUUCGAUCUCAAUUUGCGUUUAUUUUAAGCUUUCUUAUAAAUAUUUUUUUUAAGAGCAGGUCAAUACAUUGAUCUUUUCAACAUUUGUUAACCUUGUAAUUUAUGGUUUUUUUUUAAAGUUUGAAUUUUCUCAACAUGAAAUUUUUAUUUUUAGAGUUUUUUGGGGUUUUUUUCUAAAGCAACAGAAGGUUAUAAAAAGGAAAGAUUUUUAAGGUGGAAAGCAACGUUGUUGAAUGAGGUG